CUACGGGCCGGGGCGGGGCCAGGAGGGAUCAAGGGAGGAGGGGGACCCAGGAGCUCUUAAAGGAGACGCGCCGAAGAAUGCGCCCCUGUUGAAUUGGAGGCGCUUUCAGAGCUGCUGGUGAGUGUGGGAGUUUGGGAGGCGGUACCGGGCAGUGUGUGUGCAUUUUUAUAUAUUUGUGAAUGAAAUGGAGGGCCCUGGCAAUUUGAAACCUCAUAGGGAGGAAGAUGCUACUGACUGAGGUUUUGAUUUAAUACAUGCGAUGCUGUUCGAGGGAUGCUGCUCAUCCUAAAAGCGGGGUGAGGAAGUUUUUAGGGGGGGUUAAUAGGAUCUCUUGGUGUUCAGCGAGGGAGGUCAGCAGCCCGGGUAGCCUUUGUGCAAUCAGGUUGCCACCUUUUCCUGAUGGCUCUGCUCGUGUGCCUUUAACAGCAGGCUGGAGUAUUAGCAAAUGAGCAGCCUUUCCCGGCCUGCUGUACCUCCAUGCAAAGGAACGCCUUCACCUGAUCGUUUCCAUCAUGUGUCCACCUGCUGUGAAACAAUACAGCUGUCUCCAUUUACUUCCCGAUACCUGUCUUAAACCUCUUCAAGGGCAAUAACUCAGUGGUGGAGCAUCUGCUUUGCACCCAGAAGGUGUUAGGUUCAAUCCCUGGCAUUUCCAGAUAGGGCUGGGGGCUGGCCUGUGCCUGAAACCCUGGAGAGCCACUGUUAGUCAAGGUACACAAGAUGCACGAAUGAUUUGACUCAGUAUAGGCAGUUCUCCGUAUUCCUACAUUUCCUGUUUGCUUUUGGGGUAAUUACAUUGCAAGAGCUAGUGGAGGGUGAGUGGGGAGGUUAGUCUGCAUUCCUAUUCUUGCUUUCUCCUGAAUCUCCAGAAAUUAAAUAUCCGGAGGCAGAGCUGGCAUCUUGCUUCUAGUAGUAUGCAAGCAAACACCUGUGUGUUAAAAUCAAAGCAAGCCAUGUUUAUCUGCUGUUUCCACAUGCUGGUCUGGAUCACUUCAAACGGUGGACAAUCCAUUAUAUUUAUAACCGACUGUUGUCGCACCUAAUAAAAGACGAACAAAUUACUCAGUGGAAGCUUAUGCCAUAAUAACUUUUGUGCUUUUCCUCUAAAGUUAUAACCAGCUAAAUGCUGGCUAUGGCAAAGGGCAGGGUUCAGUGCCUGGGGCACAUGCUGUGCAUGCAAAAGGUCCAAAGUUCAGUGCUCAGCAUUUCCAGGUAGACCUGGGAAGCAUACCUGCUUGAAACCCUGCAAGGCAGUUACAGUGGUACCUCGGGUUAAGAACUUAAUUCCUUCCGGAGGUCUGUUCUUAACCUGAAACUGUUCUUUACCUGAGGUACCACUUUAGCUAAUGGGGCCUCCUGCUGCUGCCGCCGCACGAUUUCUGUUCUCAUCCUGAAGCAAAGUUCUUAACCCGAGGUACAAUUUCCGGGUUAGCGGAGUCUGUAACCUGAAGCAUCUGUAACCUGAAGUGUCUGUAACCAGAGGUACCACUGUAGUUGCCUGUCUCAGUGUAAAAGACAAUAAUAAACUAAAUAGACCAAUAGUCUGACUCUGCAGAAGGCAACUUCCUAUGUUUUAGAAUAGGAAGUAGUAGGAGAAACCAGUGUGUUGCAGGGAGCCAGGUGUGUUCAGUGUACCCCAAUGUUUUCUUUACACAGAGAUGCACUUUCCCCAUUACAUAAUCUCUGUCUGUAGGUUUCAGAUCGCCUAGCAUCACAUAUAGAGGGAAGAUUUUGCUUCUCUGCAGUGAUGAACUUUUCUGUAAAGGAAAAAUUUCCUUCUAGUAGCAGCCAGCAUGGAAAUAUCUGGAGUGUGGACGAUGUCCUCAAAGUUGUGUCUAUACAAGCUGUUACUCUUGAGUUUGGCAUAUUAAUACAUUGUAACAGAUUACUAAAGGGUUUGUUAGAUUAGAGGAUGCUGUUGUUGUUGAAGCAAUGUGGUUCUCAUGUCUUUUCUUUCAUUAAAAUUGAUGUACUUGGGAUUAAGCCCCUUGCUGCACGUGACUUGUGCUGGAAGUAUAUUGUGGUUUGAUGGCUGUUUGGGGUGAUAUUAAGGUGUGUGGCAAAACAUUUCCUAUCCCCCUGAGGCUACACCUGUGUGCUUUGUUUGGAAUGCAAGUUCUUUUUUAAAAAUUGUUUUUAUUAAAGAAUUUCUUGGAUCACAAAUAUGUUUUCAGAUCAUAAAGUCUUUUUUUUUACAGAUCGUUUUUAUUCAAUUUGAAAUUUUAAUGCUGUAUACAGUAUAUGGUGGGGGGAAGAUGGGGAGAGAAGGGGGUAGUAAAUAUUCAUUCUUUUACAUAGUGUAUGUGUGAUGUUUUUGGAACGUAAGUUCUAUACAGGAUAUGUUUCAUGUUAUACUCACUUUUCCCUUGUAUUUGAAAUUGAACCAUAAAAUAAAAAAUCAAAGAUAUCAUAUUGAAGUCAUUCUUGGCAUUGUAACCUGUGGCCCUCCAGAUGUUGUUGGACUCCAGCUCCCAUCAGCCUCAGCCCCCAUGGCCAAAGGUGAAGGAUGAUGGGAGCUGGAGUCUUACCAGUUUCCCCCACCCCUGCCCUUUCGUUGUCAGGAAGGUUUGGUGCACUUUCAACUUUAUCCCAGACUGAGCUUUCACAUACAGAACUGGGUGAGUGAGUGCCACUGAGAAAUGAGCAAGUUGGACCUGCAUAGCUCCAUCCCUUCAUCUUCAUAUUCUUGCAUCAUGUUGGUGUGAUACUAUGGCCAACAAAGACUUUGCACAUCAUGCUGAGCCAAGCCAUGGAUUAGCACAAAUGCAUGGGCUGUGGGAGAGGAGAUUGAGGUCACUUUGCUCCCUGCCAGUCAAUCUGUAGAUGUGCCAGGACAAGCUACUGUUUGCCUUACUUAGCAUGUUAUCUGAAACAGAGCUGGUGGUUUGAACCUAUGGUUUACAGCUCAUGGUUAGUCCAGGGGAGCUAAACCAUGAGCCUGGGUUCAGACAACAUGUCAAGCCAAACCAUGGCUUGUCUUUUUGGUUAACUAAUUACCAGCACUGCAUAGCUGCCUUGAAGAUAAGGGAAGUGGUUGAAAUUUCCCUCUGGUGCUAUUUCCUUGAUUGAAAUCUUUGCCCCUGCCCCUGCCCCCUCCAGCAUACAGGUUUCAGAACAAAUAGUGGUUGGAAGGGGGAGAUUUCAGAUUAAGGAAAAGGCACCCCUUCAGCGAUGCAGAUGCUGUGAGCUGCGAGAAUGCUUGUAACCCACAGUCCUAGGAUAAAUGUUGGCUCUUGCCAGUUAAUAAACGGAAGCUGUACAAGGUUCAUUAAUGAUAUGACAGAAGACUUUUCUGGUCAUUACAAGAAUAAAGAAAUUUUCUAGACAUGUCUCCACAAUCUGGUUUAAAGCAAUUUGUACCUGUCAAAAUUCACAGACAUGCCAAUAAAGACCUGUCUGUAUUAUACAUGCUUUUGUGUUCCUGCUAGUUGAUCUACUACCUGGAUUUCUGCAUCUUGCCCAUCACAGUGUCUCUUUCUGUUGUUUGUACAAGGUCUGACUCAAAUCAGCUUUCUUCCUGCUUCUCCUACAGUUGUUGACAGCUUGUGGUUCUUCUCACAUAACUGAGUCACCUUAACUUGUCCUCAUUCAUUGGGCUGUUAGAGUUGCGCUCAAAUUGUGGAAGAGAGGGCUGUGUGUACUCAAGGUGUGCCAGCAGAGCCAGAUGGUCUUGGUGUGGCACUGCUGGUGUAGCUACACUACAGCUUGUAUACCUACCACCUUCUAAAGUCUCCUCUGAACCAACCUGGACCCAGUGAGUGUCAUCUGAAGCCCUUAAUCGUGUGUUCCUUCCUCAGGAUGUCCAAGGGUGGCAACACAAGACCGGGUCUUUUCUGUGGUGGCUCCCAGCUUGUGGAAUGCUCUCUCCAGGGAUGCUUGCCUGGCACCAUCAUUACAUAGCUUAGAAAAACAUUUGGCUGUUAAUUAUCUGUGGUCUCCUUGAUAGAAUCACCCUUUUGAUUUUGCUUCAAAUGUUUUUCUUUUAUGCUGGUUUUACUGUACAGUGGUACCUCAGGUAACAUACGCUUCAGGUUACAUACACUUCAGGUUACAGACUCCGCUAACCCAGAAAUAGUGCUUCUGGUUAAGAACUUUGCUUCAGGAUGAGAACAGAAAUCAUGCUCCGGCGGCACAGCAGCAGCAGGAGGCCCCAUUAGCUAAAGUGGUGCUUCAGGUUAAGAACAGUUUCAGGUUAAGAACAGACCUCCGGAACAAAUUAAGUACUUAACCCGAGGUACCACUGUAUGUGUUUCUUUGCUUAUAUACCGUAAGUUGCUUUGAGUUACCUUGGUAAAAAAAGGUGACCAAUACAUCUAAUUAAUAAUAAUAUGAAAAGUCCAUGCCUGAAUCCAUCUACUAUUCUAAUGAUUACUGUUUAGGAGAGUCUAAUUAUCACAGAAUUGUAGAGUUGGAGGAGACUCCAAGUUCAGCCUCCUGCAAUACAGGAAUUACAGAUAAAGAAUCCCUGAAAGAUGGCUAGUCAACCUCUGUUUAAAAAACCCCAGUGAAGGAGAGUCCUUCAGAUAUUUGAAGAUGGCUAUCAUCACUUCUCGGCCUUCUCUUCUCCAGGCUAAACUUACCCAACUCCCUCAGCCGUUCCUCCUAAGGCUUUAUUUCCACUUGCAGGUAUCUGGCCUCCCCAGGUGAGUUCCAGUCCAUCAUGCCACUCCCCCUUUUAUCUCUGACCAGGAACUGUGUGACUUUGGUGUCUCCAUAUCCUGUUCUCUGAAGCAGGUUGGCUCCCAGCCAUGUAACUGACUCUGCACACCCACAGGGUGUGACUGUGUUUCAACAUACCUGCGAUGGGGGCCAGAAAGUAGAUUGAACUGGAACGGAGAUUAAUUCUCUUGUUCCCUGCAAAAGCAGCAAUGCAGGAAUUGAGCCAGCAACAUUUUAACCUCCCUGCUCCUGAAAAAACAACAACAACCACCAGCAAGUGUAGCUUUUCCAGACAUAAAGAUACACAGAAAUGGGAAAAGCUUUCUCUGUUACAUUUGUGCUUUUCAGGCUGUUGUUAAAGGCGCAGGAGCAGAACCUGUCAACAUAUUUUUAAAAGUUGGCUAAUUUGGAGGGUGCUGGGAACUGCACGGUUGUCGGAAGCACAGUAUAUCCAUUGCCUGUCCUGGCAAUCAAAGCUUAAACGUUAAUCACCCUCUAGCAAAGGUUGCAGAUUAUAAAGCAGAAACGGAUUGAAAACAUGGUUUUGGGCGGAGGCGCAAGUGAGGUUACGCCAGGGCAGUCCCAGAAGGGGCUAAGCAGAUGGUCUGUUCAGCCAGGAGAAAUGGCAGGGGGGAAGCAUCAUAGCUGCUGGCUAUCACCAGGGCUUCUGUUUUGGCUAAUCAUGAUUUAAAAUAGUAAAAAUAAUAAUCCAAAUACUAUAUUGGAUCAAAUGUGCUUGCAGGAGCGCCAAAGUCCAUACAACUGCUUUAUUAUGGUGUGAAAAUGGGCCUGAGGCCCUGGAAGAAGCUCAUAUGCUGAGUUUGUCAUAGGAGCUUAUGAACAUGGGAAGCUGGUCCUUCUUGCAACUAGCAGUGGCUCUGCAGGGUUUUGUAUGGGGGUCUGUCCCACUUGGAGAAGCUGGGGAUUGAACCUGGGAUUGUUGGCAUGCAAAGGUGCUCGACCGCUGAACUGCAGUUCUUUUUGCCAGCCAUAGUCACGCCAUAGUCAUUUGCCAGCCAUUUCCUCACGCCUGUUCCUUUUUCUCUUUUAGGAAGUGGUGGGGAUUUUGUGGUGGAUGCCUUUGUAAGAGUUAUGUUAAUGGGCAUCAGAUGUACACUUGGGUCCUUCGUAUUUCCUCUGCUGGGUGUCUAAACCAGCCUUUCUCAACCAGGUGCUCUCCUCCAGAUGAUCUGGGUUCCAUCAGCCUAGCCUAAAGCAUCUGGAGAGAACGAGGUUAAGGGAGGCUGGCCUGGACAUUAGGCAUGUUUCUGGUUUCAGAUUGCCAUGCUCUGCAUCUCUUCCAUGACCUUGUUCUCACCUUGUUUUUAGUUUAGUUUUUAAUCGUUCAUUUCCAUAGUGGUAUCAGCACUUUACAAUGUAUAAGUCAUUGCCCCCAUGGCAUUUCCAAUCUGUAAUUUGACUCAGUGGGCAGCAGAUGCAACAGAGGAAGGGAGGAAAUGGGGAUAAAAUAUGUAUCCCUUUCAGUUGCAUGUGGCUUCAGUAGGAUAUUGGGGUGGGGUUGUGCCAAAGAUUUCACAAAAAUGAUGGGGGUGGGUUUUGAAGGGGGAGAGGUGGUAUCAGGCUGGCAUUGUACGAGGCAGUUUCUAGCAGACAGAGGAAGAAUGAAAUCUUUUGAGAAAACGUUUGGUUGGUUGAGGGUGGUGGAACUGAAGGAGGGAAGAUCACGGACAAGGGUUUAUUGAAUACUAUGAGCCGUGGGAUGAGGAGGGGGCAAGGCCAAGAAGGGCUUUGAAGCUAAGGACAGGGCGCUCUUGCUGGAUCCAGAAAUAGACAGGGGCCCAAUGUAUCCCCAUUUUGCAGAUGAAGACUACUGAGGCUCUGGGGUAAUCUGGCCAAGGCUGCUCAGGAGCAUGCCUGAGGCUCAAUUUGAACCUUAGUCCAAGCCUAACAGCCCAGCCACAUCUCUGCGAUGAUUUUUCCCCAACAUGAAUGCUUUUCUCUGUGUAUGUGUGUUUGGAUAUUCUUUCCGUUGGCCUUUGGAGUGAGCCCAGUUUGUCUAGUUGGCUUAGUCUUCUCAGCUGCUACUCUGAGGGCUUCUAUUCCAAGCAAGACGCUGAACCUUGCCAGCUCAAGAAGACUAAAAGCUUGUCUGUUCUCUGGGAAAAAAAUUGUCCAUUUGGGAGGAUGAAACACCCGUCCACCCCUUCCUGCUCCAGCCCCGCCUUUCUCUCCAGGGAGCAGAAGGACAGAAACCUCUUUCAGUGGGCAGAAAGGUGGGGCUGACCCAUGUGUCUGUCGACUGCGAAGAGGCUCACUUGGCCAAAGGUGUGCUUUUGGGCAGCUGCCCUGUGGUGUUGGCAACCCACUCUUUGGUUCUUGGGCAAAACAGGGUGGAUCUCAACAAAGUGACUCAUUGCCCUGGUCAGAGUCCAACUCCCCCUCCCCCCCAGUGGUUGAUCCUGUCCUCUCCCAGAUGACUAUAUUUUUGCCACUCGCACGAACUGCAAGUUUCUUUGGUCCCUGGCUAAGGACAGUGUUGGUUCUGUAUGGCAUCUACCACACAGAGGACCCCAAAGGAGUGGGAAAUAGAUGAUGAAGUAAAUGUUGCAAUUUACUCCAAAUUGUAUUGAGGUGGAGGGAAGAUGUGGGAAGGAAGGAGGCAGGCUUGGAGGGGGUUUCAUCCUGUGACGUUAAUGUCACAUCUUCAGAGAAGGUAACCCUCCCCUAUUUCUCUUUAGCAUGCAAAGGGCGCCAAAAGGCAUCAUGGUUCUCUUCACAACUCUGCACUGUCUUAGUGCAGUUUUAAUGUCCUGAGUACCUCAGCGCCACUGGAAGCCCAUCUUCUGAAACAUCACCAGGCGCUGUCUGAUUUCCAAGCCUGCCGUUGCAGUCUUAAAGAAUAGAAACUUGCUAUGUUCCCUUAUUAAAUAUGAGCCAAAACACUCAGGAUGCUGACUUCUGGGCCUGAAAAGAAUGUCAUGAUCUCCCCAGUGCCAUCACGAUAUAUGAAAGCUGUGUGCAUUCAUUCUAUGCAACACCUGCCUUGACUCAGGCUGGAUUUUCGUCUCUUGUGCCAUCCAGGCAGAUAUCAGUUGGGGGCACCUACAUCCUUCCUAGGUCCUCCGUGAAAGCUUCUGCAGCCCUGAGGUUCCCAUGAAGGCCCCCAUCCCUCCUCUCUCAAGCAGCUUCCAUGUCCCCUUUCAGGUGACGAUGUCGGAAAAGAUCCUUGUGACGGGCGGAGCCGGCUACAUCGGGAGCCACUGUGUUCUGGAACUGGCUGAGGCCGGCUACACCCCUGUGGUCCUUGACAAUUUCCACAAUGCCAUCCGAGGUAAGGAGGCAGCCAAGGCCAGGGCUGGCAGCAACUAGUUUGACGGGGAUUUAGAGAAGGGCCAUAGCUCAGUGGUAGGGCACCUGCUUUGGAUGCAGAAGGUCCCACGUUCAAUCCCUGGCAAAAGAGGCCUGCUAGAUCACACCUGAUGCUUAUCCAGAAGAAUGGAGAAGUCCCAUCUCCUGAAACCAUGGAGAGCUGCUACCAUUUCAUGCAGACCAGCCUUCUUCAACUGUGGGUCCUUUGAUUCUGUUGGGACUGCACCUCCUAUUACCCCUGGCCAUUGGCAAAGAUGGCUAGGGAUGAUGGGAGUUGUAGUUCAGUAACAUCUGGGGACCUGAGGUUGAGCUCUGAUGAACUAGAUGGACCUCUAGGAAUGCAGGAAGCUGCCUUCAGCUGAGCUCAGGCCAUUGGUCUAUCUAGCUCAGGGUUGUCUACAGUGACUGGCAGUAGCUCUCUAUGAAUCCUACCUGGAGAUGCCAGGGAUUGAACAUGGGACCUUCUGCAUGGAAGGCAGAUGCUUGACCACUGAGCUAUAGCCCUUCCAAUGGUCCGACUCAGCAAAGGGAGAUUCAUAACUGAGCAAAGCCCCAUAGGCCAGAAGCAUUAGCUCCACCCACUGAUUUGCAGAGGCAAAGGGCUCUUUAACCCUCUCUUUCCCAGCGUGGCAACAUAGGCUUUGGCCUUCCUCUUCCCAGGCCUCCCCAUUCACUCACUUGAGAUACAGACAAAAGGUUUCCUUUUUUCAUCCAACCCCCCCACAUGAACAGCAACUGGUCAGUGGCAGGAUUCUGCUUUUGUGCACCUCAGCCAGUCAUCCGACCAGGCACUGUUGCUCCACCUGUGGAAGGGAUCAAGAGCCCUUGGGCCUCCAAGUCAGAGGCACAGCAGAGUGAUGGAGGAAUGUCCAUUGCCGUUUGGAUACGAAGGGGCUGGCUUGGCUCAAGUAGGAGGAAGGAACUGAGGGGUCAAGGUGGGGCAGCAACAUUGGCUGCACCCACCCAUUCACAGAAGCAGAGGUUUAUUUAACUCUUUAGGACAAGGAGGGGAAACCUCCAGAUGUUUGUUGGACCCAUUGACUGUCCUGGCUGGGACUGAUAGGAGUUGAAGCCCAACAAUUGGGGGGGCCACAGAUUCCCCAUCCCUGCUCUAGGCUGGAACAUGGAUGGAAAGUCCCUGAGGGCCCAGACCAAGCUCCUGGACCACCAGGUGCCUAUUUCAGUCCUAAGAAGGCUGUCAUAGAUCUGGAUGUGUGAGUCCUUUCAGUAGUGCUGUUAGGAUAAUUUAAGUCCUUAGAUGGAAACAUGUAUUUACCUCACAAUGUGAUCAUUAACUCAGUUGUUCCGUAUUUGACGGUCCCCCACCCGUUCAUUCUGCUGAGUGGGGGCCCCUGGGUUUCUGCCCCCCAAAAGGUACCACUAAGUCUUCCUCACUGAAGAGGACAGCAAUGAUUUGGGAAUCAGGUCCACUCUGGCAUGGUUUCAAAAACAGUCUUUCUCCCCAGGGGGCAGCACGGUCCCCGAGAGUAUUCAGCGGGUGGAGGAGAUCGUGGGCAAGAAGAUCCCAUUCCAGGAACUGGAUGUCCUCGAUGAGGCAGGUCUCCACAACCUCUUCAAGAAGGUGAGGGCUUAAUGUUUCCUUCCCCAUUCCCCUAUUGAGAUGGGUCAGAGCAUCACCCCCUUCCCCCCCCACCAAUGGGGGCACUAUUCUGGCUUACUUUUUGCCCUCUGGGUGGCAUCAGGGCCUCCUCAGUGGUGAUCUCCUAGAUCUCCUGUCUUCACUGUCUUGGACUACACUUUGGGCUGGCAGGAGAAGGGUUCCGUCUGCUCAUCCCCCCGUUGCUCCCCUCAGCACUCCUUUCAGCCUCUGGGGAGAUUUUAUUGUUCCCAAUGUGUGUGCAUCAGAGCAUCUUUGUGUUGCUGCCAUGCUGCUCCCCCAACACCCCUGCUGUGUAUAUUUCUGGCCCAUUUAUUCAUUUAUUCGUUUAUUCAUUUAGUAUACCGCCUUUCACCCGAAGGAUCAUAGGGCGGUUCGAAACAUGAUAAUUUUGUAUUUUGUAAAUACAUAAUAAAAACAAGAACGAAAAGAAAUCAAUAGUCCCCUCUCCCACAAACACAUGGGAUGUUAAUUAGCCAAAGGCCUGUUUCUAGAAAAACAUUUUCACCUGGCACCUAAAGAUAUGUGGCAAAAGCGCCAGAUGUGCCUCCUUGGGUUUUGCUGGGGAGCCACGAGAGAUGCCUGUCAAUCCCAGAACUCAGAAGUGGCAUCUGCACCACUCAGGAGCCACGCCACCCUGUUGUGGGUUGUGUCAGGCUGGCAUCUGGCUCGCCUGCCAGAGAUACAGGACAUCUGGCUCUGGUGUGUGUGUUUGCAAGCUUGGGCCAAAAGCCCUUUGAAAUCGGUACACAAAAUGGCUUUUCUCAUUAAAAAAAAGCACCGCAGGCGCUUUUUGCCCUCUUCCGGCUUUUCAUUAGGGGAACACUUUUUUUUAUUGAAAUGGGCAUGUAUAAAUAGAAAACGUACUGUAGCCUCCGCAGAAGUAUUCCUAACGCAGCUCCCCCUUCUGUUUCCCCUCAGCACAAUUUCUCUGCCGUGAUGCAUUUUGCAGGCCUCAAGGCUGUGGGAGAGUCUGUCCAGAUGCCGCUGGAGUAUUACAAAGUGAACCUGACUGGGACCAUCCGAUUGCUGGAGGUGAGCAGGAACAUGGCUUAUUCCACCAGGGUUUGUAAGGCUUCUGUUAUAAGUCUGGGUUUGCGGGAGGAUGUCAACUGCAGGAGGCCCAUCUCGCGUGUGGCACAGAUGCCUGUCAGAGCAGCCCAAAGAUGUUUCCAGCAUCACGUGCGACAGGCUUUCCAUAGUGUCACUCUAGGCGCCAUGUUGGCCUGGAGGAAGGCUGGGCAGGGGUUGGAUGUGGCCCAUCCGUUGGCCCGCCCUGGCCUGGGGAAGUGUUGUUCACCCACCAUCAGGGCUUCCUCAUGCUCUUGAGGAAUCACUUUCAAACAGAACCCCUGCUAAAUGGAGCCUGGAUAGCUCAGUGCCCUUCGACCCUCGCUCCCCGACUCUUGUUGGACUCCCAUAAUCCUCAGCCAUCUCAGUGGUCGGGGAUGAUGGAAGUUGCAGUCCAACAACAUCCAGAGACGUCUGGAGGAAGAGCACUGAGCUUAGGUUGUCUGCAUUCCUCCACAGGCCAUGAAAGAGCACGGGGUCAAGAACAUUGUGUUCAGCAGCUCAGCCACAGUAUACGGCGACCCGGCCUACCUCCCCCUUGAUGAAAACCACCCUGUGGGAGGCUGCACAAACCCUUAUGGAAAAUCCAAGUAUUUCAUUGAGGAGAUGAUCCGAGACUUGUGCAAGGCAGAGCCGGUGAGGGAGCAACGUACCACACCACCAACCCCCUUAUCACGCAGGGGUACAAUUUUCCUCAGCAGUAUUUUCUGGGUUAUUUUUCUUCUAAAAUAAUCUUUAUUGUCAUUUUUGCAAAAACUCAGAUAGCAUUAAUUUUAUUUCAUUACUUCUGGAACUAAUGGAAAGAAAGGCAUAUAUUAAGAAUCCACAAGUACAUGGCCUUAUAAUACCAGCAUAAGCCUAUCCAUUUAGCUUAGUUUAUCUGCCCCAGUAUAUAAAAACAUAUAUUUAAAAUAUAAUUGACAUAAGCCAGAGAUUGGUUACAAGUAAUUCCAUAUAAAUGAAUUGUGUCUGGGCAUAUAAUAUUUAAGUGGAUCAUUGAUCCAUGGCCACCAAACAGUGGCCAGAUCCUCAGAAGUGGCUUUACCUCUUUGGACCUUUGAGUGACAUGUUACUUUUUCUGAUACCACUAUAAAUAAAAGCUUUUUAUCUCAUGCCUCUAAAGUCAGACUUGUGCAAGGCAGAACAGGAAAGCAAAUGGCCAGAGUCCUCCAUACAGCUCUCCUGGGCGGUAUUUUCUGAUCCGAUCUCUUGUGCUGCUUCUCUCAGGACUGGAACGCAGUUCUCCUGCGAUACUUCAACCCCAUUGGAGCCCACGAGUCGGGGAGGAUUGGCGAGGACCCCCAGGGCACCCCAAACAACCUGAUGCCCUACGUUGCUCAGGUAGCCAAGACCCCCCAGGAGAGUUUGCUCUGCUCCACCUCUUGCACAGCGAGUUUCUCCUGCUAACUCCUGUGCCUUCCUGUCGUUUCUUCCUUCUGUUCACUCCAGGUGGCUGUGGGGCGCCGAGAGUACCUGAGCGUAUUUGGGGAUGACUAUGAUACAGUGGAUGGGACCGGUGAGUUGCUUGGAAUCACCCUAGCUUGAAAGGAACGAUGCCUCCACCUCCAAACCUACUUGAAAUAUGGCACUGGGAAGUUUGGAGAUGUGGAAUCCAGAGAGGUUAUGGGCCUCUAACCCAAGUGGUUUAUAGACACACAUAGGCACGGGGGUGUUUUCUCUUUUUGUUUGUGUUCUAGGGCAGAGAUGGGAAAACUUUAAGGGGAACCUUUUGAGGGUCACAGGCCAGUGAAGGGCAGGGCCAGCAAACGUGGGUGGAGCAAUGAACAUGAAUUGACCCCUUAUAAAGGGACAUGGGUGGCGCUGCGGGUUAAACCACAGAGCCUAGGACUAGCUGAUCAGAAGGUCGGCGGUUCGAAUCCCCGUGACGGGGUGAGCUCCCGUUGCUUGGUCCCUGCUCCUGCCAACCUAGCAGUUCGAAAGCAUGUCAAAGUGCAAGUAGAUAAAUAGGUACCGCUCUGGCGGGAAGGUAAAUGGCGUUUCCGUGCGCUGCUCUGGUUCGCCGGAAGCGGCUUAGUCAUGCUGGCCACAUGACCCGGAAGCUGUAUGCCGGCUCCCUCGGCCAAUAAAGCGAGAUGAGCGCCGCAACCCCAGAGUCGGCCACGACUGGACCUAACGGUCAGGGGUCCCUUUACCUUUACCUUUAUGAUAGGCUAGUUUUGAAACACCCGUCUCUGUCUUCCAUCCAGGCAACCAAGAAGCAGAGCACCUUCCAGCCAGGCGAAAGCAGUCUGGUUGCAAACCAUAGCCUGUGAGGGGUGUGGCCUGGGGAGAGUCUCAGUCCCAGAGUGGUUUAAUAAUCAAUCCCUCUUCCCAGCGAACUCUGGGAAUUGAAGCACCGGGAGGGGAAUAGGGGGGUCUCCUAACAGCUCCCAGCACCCUUGGCAAACCGCAAUCUCCAUAAUUCUUUUUUGGAAGCCCUGUUUAAAAUCAGACUUGGCAAAUCCACGAUCUGCUUGGAAAAUCUUCCCUGGGUUGUUUCUUUCACUUCAUAGCAGGAUAGCGUAUUUAUCAUCCCUUCUUCUGAUGAUAAACCAGUUCAGCCUUCGCCAUCCUGGUGGCGACCCAGUGAGCUGGGGCUGAUGGGACUUGUAGUCCAGAUCAUCUGGAGGCUACCAGGUUGGCAGAGGUUGAACUAAGUUAGAUGUAGGCCUACCCAGAGGGGGCGGACAGUGCGCUGGCUGAUGGGUUUCCUCCUCCUCCUGCAGGCGUCCGGGAUUACAUCCACGUGGUGGACCUGGCCAAAGGCCACAUUGCGGCUUUGAAGAAGCUCAAGGAGAACUGCGGCUGCAAGGUAGGGAAGUGCAUAGACUUGGUCAGAAGCACUGCUUCCAUCCCUGUUGUGUUCUGCUGGAGCCCACGUCAACUGAGCCUCCGUCACCUGGAUUUUGGGAGCAUCCUUGCUUGCAGACUCCAGGCACUUCUCCUAAUUUGUUCAGGAGACGGGCUCAGUUUAGGCAGGGGUGUGUUCAAAAUUUUGUGCCAAUAAAGUUCCACCACCCUAUAUGAUUACGCACACUUCCCGUUUCACAUAAUGCUUUUUCCAUGAAGAUUUUGGCAUGGCCCCCUAGUUACUUCCCACAACCUACAGAAACUAAGCUCUAGGGAUGUGUACCUGAAAACUGAAUGCAUUUCCUUCCUAUAGACCCUUCCCUUGUGGUGCAGUUUCUCUUAUAUUUGUAAGUUCCUUGGGACAGGCACCUGGAAAGUGCCGCACAGGGCAAUAAGGUCGACAAAGCCUUUGUCACAAGAGUUGCAUCUUUGCAGAUAUACAACCUUGGAACUGGCACCGGCUGCUCAGUCCUGCAAAUGGUGAAGGCGAUGGAAAAGGCGUCGGGAAGAGAGGUAGAGUAUCAGGACAACCUGGGUUCCAGGAAGGAUUGAACUCCUGUUAGGGUCCAGGUAAAAGGGGACCAGAGAGAGGAAGGCAUUGCCAAUUGGCCAACCCUCGCUGAGCCCACCACCAAGCAGGAGUCAGGUUCAGCCUUCCCCAACCUGGUGCCCUCCAGAUGUUCAAGGACACAUUUCAGCAAUGCAAAAGCACUUGAGAGUGGAGCAAGGCCAGGAAGGGGAGUGGCCUGGAGAAGUCCUGCCUUUUGCCCCUGGACUGGAGGCUCCCCGCCCAUUUUAGCACUUACCAGACCAUUGCCAGGCUGUUCUGUUCGCAGUGCUAGUUAUGACAGCAAAAUCAGGUUGGCUGUCAAGCCAGGUCUCCAUAUAUGGCUGAUGGCUUGCAUCCACUUUUCUGCAGGACUGGGGAGAACCUGUGGCCCUAUAGAUGAUGUUGGGGAUGAUGGAAAUUGGAAUCAAAUGACUUGCCACAGGUUCCCACCCCUGCUUUAGGAGCUCAUAGGCUAUUUAGCCUGUGCUAAAAUAAUAAAUGCCUGCCAUAUCUGGAGUAGCUUUCAGUAUUUUGGGAUCCAAAAUCUGCCUCCUUUGAUAUGAGGCAAACAUGGCCUCUUUGACCUGCGACCCUGUUUAAAAAGUGUUGACAAAGAACUGUGGCUGGAAUGUGUACCUUUAAAUUUUAAUACUGGGACUAUAGAGAGACUCAUUGCCCCCCUCUGCCAGUGGCAGGACCAGCCCACCUACUAUGCAGAAUGCAGGGUGCUUUUGAGGGGACCAGCCAACAUUUUGGUCUAGGAGCCUCACACUAGAGUAGAGAACUUCAACCAGCGCUUUAGUCUUCUUGAAGGAAUGCCGUUGUGGUUAGGUUGCAGAUUAUUGAAUAUUAAGCAGCUUACCAAUGAUUGCCUUUAAAUAAAUGAAAAAAUGCUCUCCCCAGUGAGGUCCACCUGGCACCAUCAUUAACAUCCUUCCAACUCUCUUCUCCCAUGCAUUCGAUGGCUUAUGAUAAAUGUUUUGUUUAUUGCUGUUGGCGAUUUGCUCCACUGUAAUGCGUAAUUUUUUCAUUUUCAUUCUUUGCCUGUGACACUUAAUUUGUUCUUAUGUCUGAGAGGGUUUUAUUUUGUAGUGAGAGACUAAUAAAUCAAAAUUAUAGUACUACUAAUAGUAAUGUGUCUUAUCAUCUUGGCUGCUGCCCCGGUCGGUUUCCCAUCGCUUAAUGACAGGCUGCCGUCCUUGUUCUAGAUAAACUACAAGAUUGUUGCACGUCGGGAAGGAGACAUCGCCUCCUGUUACGCCAACCCUGCCCUAGCUGAACGGGAGCUGGGCUGGAAAGCUGUUUUUGGCCUGGACAAAAUGUGUAAGUGGAGCCUCCCCACAGAGGGCUAUCUGCCUGCUCCUUUUCUGCCAGCAUUUGCCUCCCCCUUCUUUAUUCCUAGGGGUGGAAGCUGGAGAAAUAAAUGGGUUUCCAUUCCCUCCUCCUUAUUUCAACCAAGUUGCUUCACUCGCCACUGUUCACCUGGAGUCUCAUGGGGUGGGGUGUUGCAUUGACAUCUGCAUGCAAAGAAUCCUGCAGGGUCAGGCCUCCAGCCCAGCUAGCCUAGCAUCCUGCUCUCACAGCAGCCCUCAAUGGGAAGCCCACAAGCAGGACCUGACUGCAACAAUAUCUCUCCCCCUUUGCAAUUCCCAACGACUGGUAUUCAGAGCUAUACGCAGCCUCUGGCACUGGAGGUAGACCAUAGCUAUCACAACCAGUAGCCAUUUUUAGUUUUAUCCUCCACGGAUUUGUCUAAUCUCUCUUGAAAUCAAGGAAAGGGCCUUCUCCGUAGUGGCACCCACCCCCACGGCGUGGUAGCGAAUUCCAGUUUAACUCAUUGCCGUUAUUCUCUUGCCCCUUUCCAGGUGAGGACUUGUGGAGGUGGCAGUCACAGAACCCCACUGGCUACAGCAAGAACUAGCGCCUGGAAGAUGUUGCCUGUCCUCCCCAGUGUGUGGCUGCCAUGACCCAAGGACAGUUCCAAGGGCUGUUUUGCUUUUCACUCAGGGAAGAUGGUGGUUCCUGCUCGUUCCUUCCCCUGCCCUUCUUCUCCCUUUUCGUAAGAGACCAAAUAGACUCAGGAAGGGGAAGAUUAUCUUGGCCUUUUGCUGUACCCAUUUCUUUAACUCUCUUGUGCCUUCUCCCUGAACCUUCUCUGCCAGCCAGGUUGGUACCAAACAGGGAGCAAGGAGCUCUGACCCUCCCAUUGAGCGGGAAGACUGACAAAUAAAAAGUGUCAAUGGGAGCCCAUGGAGGAUGUCAAGCUCCCCUCAUUGGGGACAAACUUGGUUUCUUUGGUUUUAAAGAGUCCACCCUCUGCUGCCAGGUUCUUGAGAUGUCCUGGUGGAUGCAGGCUGCUCCAUGAGGUUCUGAGCUGUGGGAAGAGGCUGCAUGGAGGUACAAGUGUUAAAAUGUAGUUGGAAAACGACAGCUAGGUCCAUGGAGCCUUGUCGUUUGCUCCCUGGCUUCCCGUUUCUAAAUUGUAAUGCCUUCUGUAAAUCAGAGGUGGGGAGCCUGUGGCCCUCUAGAUGUGACUGCACUACAGCUCAUCAUCAUCCUGGACUAGGGCUGCUGGGAGUUAGCAGUCCGGCAGGUUCCCCAAUACUGAUGUGAUAAAGCAGUAGUAGGAGAGAAGUACAGCAACUCUUUGGCAGGUGAUUCAGUGAAUUUUCAGGCUUAUAGUUUGAUGCAGCUUUGAACCAAGUCAAGUGACCCUUAGCAGGGUGGGCCACAGACUGCGAGGGGUCACUGAGGCCGUGAGGCUGGGAUGAAAAUCAAGAGAGGAAAAAGAGGGGCGUCAGUUCCGAGGGCAUGUCUACCACCUGUAGGAAAACGCACUUUUCAGAUUAGAUCAAGGGGCGCACCCCCAGAAAGCUUUGGACUGCAACUCCUAUCAUUCCCGAGUAUCGGCUGUGCUGCCUGGAGCUGAACGGAGUUGUAGUCCACAACAGCUGGAUGCCACCAGGAUAGGGAAAUCUGGUUUGCAUUGUUACUCUUCAACAGGGCAGGAGGCUGCUCCUAAGCAAACAUGGAGGGGACAAAUACUGCAGCUGAAUAGGAAUGUAGUAACCUUUUGAAGUAUCUUCUAGCAGGCAGAGGCUAAGGAAACAGGGUCGCUGUAAAGGUCAAGCCCAAACUAUAAUUAAUGCUGGCUUUAGGGCUGUAGCUGCAAUGGAGGCAGAAGGAGGUAGAAUCCGAAUAUGUACUGCACUAGAUAAUGAGGCAAAUAGCUGACCUCUCAUUAAGCAUAAUUGCGCUUGUGUAGCCCCAUAAAAACCAGAAUCCAGAGAGUCCUGUAAAAUUCAGAGCUGGCCACACAAUUGCCGUUUCUUUUCCUCUGGGGUGAAGAUGAGUGCCAAGGACUCACAGAAUGGCCCCUUCUUGCAGAGUUUUGGUGAGAACCGGCCUGUUCCGAUGGCAGUGGAAUUGAGGGGCAGGCAAUGUAUGGUGGUGGAGCAGGGCAGGGGACAGCACAUUCCCGUUUCACCUCAGGUGCGCCACAGAAUGGGCCACUCCAGUAAAACCAGUUCAUUGAGCUUAGGCUGUGCGGCAUAGGGGCCAGAUCCUAAACCGGAGGGGGGGGGGAGCACUUCCUAAGCUCCUCUUUGGUGUUCAUUGUAACUGUGACAGUUGGUGCAAAAAUCCGUUAAUUGCUUUGGUCAAGUAAGAGACACAGGCUGUGGUCAGCCUGGAAACUCAAAAGCCUAGUCUUGCACCAGCUAGCUCAGCUCAUCAUCACGCUUGGAUUUCUUUGCAAUUGCCCUCCUGCAAUGCCUGAUGAUCAGUGUACCAUCCCUACUACCAGAGACCAGCCUUCCUCUUUCUCUAUUUAAUGUAUUCUGAGGCAGGACAUGUUUUCCUAAACCAGCCACAUUUCUUGCCCCCAUUGGAACCAAUUAUUUUGGCCUCUCUAGUGAUCUUCCACCACCAGUUUGUGAGUAGCAAUCUCUGAAGCAUUAUGAACAUUUUUGGUGGUGUAUGGAUUAAGAAAAGAAAAAGAAAAGAAACCAGUUGCAAAAAUGGAGCAUCAGCUAGGGUUUGCUUGGUGGAAUAAGUUCCCCUUUCUGGUCUGCCUUGAUCUGUUACAACUCAAAUUCACACAGCAGUUUCUGUUGCAGCCAAAUCAAAAUCCUGCUGCAGUCAUCUUGCAGCAGAUAAAUUACUCCAAUAGCAAAGUUGUGUGUAGCUCCCGCAGUGGAAAGCCAGAUUGUGCACUUAGAAGAAAUUGUGUAUAUAGCAGCUUUCACGAGUACGGAAUGUUUUAUUAUUAGUGUAGAACUUGAGGGCAGAAAGCUUUGAGGGAAAGAGCUCUACCUGAUUGACUGGAGCAAUGUCCUUCAACCAUGGCUCCCUAUCUCUUGUUGGAUCAUAGCUCACAUAAUCUACAGCAAGCAUAGUUAGUAGUCAGGGAUAAUGGGAGAUGCAGCCCCAGAUGUUGGAUUACAAGAUCAAAGAACUAGAGAUUACUCUUUCUACCCCUCUGAUCUAUUUGUGUGUCUCUGUUGUGGUGCUAUUGUUGCCAUUGUGUUCCCUCCAUCUUAAAAAGGACUAAAUACUUGAUUUUUUGAAGUUAAAAAAAGAAGUCCAAGGCCAGAUUUUGCACCUCUGUAUUGCUAAUAAUCUAUGAUCCGCCCUGCUUGCUGGCAAGCAGUUCACAGGUGAAGCUUUAACUCCCAUGCCAGUUGCUAGAAGUUUUUUAUCCCCACUGUAAGCACCACCCUGUGCCUGCCUACUCAGAAGCAAUUCUUAAUGUGUUCUGUGGGGCUUAGAAGCUGCAUAGCCUUGCCUAUUGGAGUGAACAAGAGGAGAAUCCAUUUGAGGCUACCAUCUUCCAAUGUUUGAAAACUUCAUUUAAAGCUCAUUGCUCCCACUGUAAGAUACAUGCAGAAUUGCAGCUGAUUUUUCCCAAUUUUAGUGGGAGGUGGGUAGUGUCAUGCUAUAUUCCAACUACAUUGGGAAACAUAACCUAGUCCAAGGGUUGCCAACCUUUUGGAGCCUGUGGGGUAUAGUUGGAAUUUUGAGGAAGUGCCAGUGUGGUGUAGUGGUUAAGAGCGGUAGUCUCGUAAUCUGGGGAACCGGGUUCGCGUCUCCGCUCCUCCACGUGCAGCGGCUGGGUGACCUUGGGCUAGUCACACUUCUUUGAAGUCUCUCAGCCCCACUCACCUCACAGAGUGUUUGUUGUGGGGGAGGAAGGGAAAGGAGAAUGUUAGCCGCUUUGAGACUCCUUAAAAAGGGAGUGAAAGGCGGGAUAUCAAAUCCAAACUCUUCUUCUUCUUCUUCUAGGUGCCCACUCUUGGGCAGCCAAAAAAAGUAGGCAUAUUUAAAGGGGCGUAUUCAACGUAGGAGAAGCCAAGCCAAGUGCAAACACAAAUUGAACAGGAAGAUCAAACAGUCUCUUAUGUUAUAUAUGUUUACCAAGACCUUUUGCAGACACCGUAGGUGAUACUGGCUGGCACAUUAGCACCUGUGUGCAGCGUGUUGGCAACCUCUGCCCUAGUGAGUUACAGUGCCCUGAAGAAUGGCCAUUUAGCAGCCUAGCUUUUUAAAGAACUCUUAAAUCUGUAGUGAAACACUUCUUUAUUUGAGCACCAGCAUCUGAAUGUGCAUAUAAUUUUUAAUGUAGGCAGAAGUAUUUUAGGGCAAAUUAGAAGUUCAAUAAAAAUAGACACAUUAUUAAAGUUGUGCCGAGUAAGUGAAGCAUAAUGAUAGCCGCCGCCACCAGAAACAUGGCCAAGUAGCAGCAGAGGUGGCACUGAUCCUUCUAAAAGGAGCCAGAUUUUUCUGAGGUCUAAAAAAACAUAUAGAAGGGCAUUGGGGAAAAUGCAAUUGAAUGAUUAUAGAUAACUAAGUUAUUCUUAGGGUCAUCUGCCUGGAACACAUCCCAGAAGGUACCAGCAAAAUGUAAAUCUUGCCAGUGUAAAUUUGGUGGCUUGAGACUAAGGGGGAUGAGGUUUUUAAAAGGUGUGUUUUGAUAUAUUUUUAGAUAUUGGAAAAUAUACACGAAAUGAUUAACACAUAGUAAUAAUGACUAGGCUCACUUCCAGCUUUUAUUAUAGCACCAGCAGUAACAUGCAAGCACAUCCUGGUGGUGAAACAGCGCCCACCGACGUCAAUGGGACUGUUUGCGAACAAGUGGAUUAAGGCUUCCUGCCCCAAAGCCAGGUAUUUACAAGGCCUUGCCUAACAUACUCUGAGAUAGCAGAGUAAGAUUAGACUGCCACCUCAAGACGCACAAGGCAUCUCUCUUUGUUGAGACAAAAUGUAGGCAACAGGAACUUCCUUGUCCUCACUUAAGACAGAUGCCUACCACACACACCCUGGCGAUAGCAAGAUCUAUUGCAAUGAGAAUGUUGCCUUGGUUGGGUUACAAGUUUCCUGUGUGAUUGAGGUGGGAGUUCCUGCUCUGCAUGUAAUGUUCCAACUUCAGUCCCUAAACAUCUCCAGCUGAAACAAUUCUCAAGGAACAGAGAUCUUGAAGAGUCAGUGUUAAGCAGAGUAAACAAUACUGUCCUCAGGGCCAGCCUAAGAGAUCUAGCUGCCAGUGCCAGAAAGACAAAAUAAUGCAUGCACACAGACGCACACCCCGUGUGGCAUCUCAGCCUUACUUCAGUGCUGGCGAUGGAACAGCAUUCUCCACUGCAACUGGUGAAACAGGCGGCCAGCAGAGGGGUUGCAAGGCGGAUCACAAGGCACAAGCACACAGCGCUAGCCAACACUUCACUGCUGCUCCCUACCUCUUCAACACCUGCCUAACAGUAGAGCUGGCCCUGACUCAAUGAGGAGGAGAAGUUAAGAAAACCCCUUUCAAACCGAGGAUGUUACAUGGGAAUAGUAUCUCCUACCCAAACCACCCACUCUGCUUCUCUAUUACAUAAAGCCCUUUUGUACAUACAGUAUUUGGAUUCAGAGCCAUUCAGCAGUUAGCCUCAGGAGGCUUUUUUGUGCCACAAUAAGGGCUAGAACCUUUUAAAAUUUAGUAGACAAAAAACAUUUUCUAGGGAGUUCGUCUUGUGGGUCACAUGUUGCACUCUAAAAGUCAUAGAUGGUAACUUGCAGUUUGUAGAAUUCCAGUGUUGCAAUAGGUAUUUGGGCCUGGACUGGGAAUAUCUGUGAUCAAAUGCUAGUUCACAAAUGAAGCCCACAGGUGGCCUUAGGUGAGUUUCUCUUUCCCCUGCUGAUCAUCAUGUAGGAAAGUCACCUAUAAGCACGGGUUGCUAAUCUGCAACCCUCCAGAUGUUAUUGAACUGCAACUUCCAUCAGCCCCAGCCAGCAUGGCCAAUGGUUGGGGGUGAUGGGAUAUGUAGUUCAGCAACAUCUGGAGGGUCACAUACCAGCCACCCCUGGCCUAUGAGCUACCGCACAGGCUUGUUAUUCAUCUAAACCAAGAGGCGUACACAGUGUUUUAAACACUUAACGACUGUAGGAGAAACUGACACAUCUUGACUACACUGAAGAAACAACAAGGUGAGGCACAGAUGGUUGUGUUUGUUUAAUCUCAGUGGAACACAAAAAUAAAAAUGAUGUAUGGGGAAGACAAAAGGGAAAGGGGGGUUGGGGAAGAGAAUUAAUUCAUGUGCAGGAACAUACAGAAGCCACUGUUUUGCUUUGGCUUCCAUAUUCUUAACAUAUUCCCUCCAGAGACACCCAAGACUUGCAGGCCACUUUGACAAUUUGCUUUGAGAAGGAUCUAGUCAAAAUUGGCAGUGGCAACAGCAGCAGAGUCCAGGGCACUUCUCUGUGUAACUACUAUACAGAACAAUCCAAUUAAUGGUCCGAGAAGAGGAGAGAGCAGCAGCAGCAGCUAGACAGCCACAAGCACAGGAGGAGCAUCGCCCCUCAUGUCUGCUUGCCUACGCUCACUAUAGAGAAGGAAGUCAAGGCCUGGUCUGCAGAUGGAGCAAAAUGCAGAAGGAAAAGGACUGUCACCACAAAACUUCCUUGUGAAGGCUGAAGUGGUGGUGGGAUAACAUGCCUAAAUACUCCCUACGUAAAAAAGCAACAUACACACGCACAAAGGUCCCUGCAGGUAGAAAUCCAGCAGAUGAGAUGGCUAGAUAAGAACCUCUGUUUGAUGUGUUGCUACUUACAGGGAUUUGAGUUUUACGUCAGGGAGCAUUCAAGAACAGUGCACACAAAACCCACCUUGCAAUUGUGAAGCUGUACAGUCCUCUACUACCUUGGGAUUGUACCACUUCAUUCUGCUGCAUGUCCAAGACCAGCCACAGUCCUCCCAACCACUAGAACGUCCAAACCCAAAGCAGAAUAGCGGAGGAUGCAAACCCUCCACAGAGCAAGCAAGAGGCAGCUUUGACAUUUAAGCAGUCACUCAAAUUGAGUCUAAUGCAAAUCAGUUUAUGAAAGGAUUAGUGCCUUCUGCUUCUCUGGUGAUAAAAAGAGGACAUACAGAAUAUUCCGGCCCAUUACAAACAAAUCUCUCCAACCAUCCCUGCUGUUUCUGUGAAUGUGAGCUGUUCCAGCACCAAGCCAUGUAAUCUGGCCCUAUUUCCAGUGAGAUCUGGGAAGCCCCUGCGACCUGGACCCAGCAAGUUGCCAGCUGCUAAAAAGGAAAGACCCCCAAGUGGGAGGCGUUCCGCUUGGCAGUGAAGGCACUUUGCCUUCUAGAGAAGCCAAGUUUGGCCUCGGCCAAAUGAUCCCCAAGGCUGGCAAAAAGCAGAUUUUGGGGGAAGCAGCGGCUGCUCAGGGCAGAGGAGGCAGCCUUGCACUGAAAGCAGGAAGAGGAGCAACAUCUCCUUUGGGGCUGCCAUUGUGAUGCAAGCUCUAGAAGGGCAGGCCAUGUAUUCCUACAUGGAUAUUUGCCGCACAUAGCUGUAUAAAGCACUGGAAAGUGUAGCAGAGGGCUGUCCUAGCUUUGGGGGACCCCAAGCACCCCCCUUGCUGUUGCUGCUACCAACCACCGAGGACCAUACAGAGUCAGGGGAAGGAAGUGAGCAGAGAGAUCCCUCACAAAGAGCAACACAGUAGGACAAUGUGGGAGGCAACAUUUAGCCCUUCACACAAAAAGAGGAAAGCUCCUUGAAUAGACAUCUUGUCCCUGGCUGUCAGUGCUGGUGUCAGCCCACGCCGGUGGAUAAUUUGGGUGUGGAUGCUGAAGGGGUGAUGGUAAGAGAACCUUGGCUGCUCAACAGCACAGCCCCCUGCCAGAAAUAGGGAUGAGAGCCUUCUGCUUGAGGUGAAAGGGGACAGUUACUGAAAUAAAACAGACUAGAGACUUAGGGGAGAGCCUCAAAAAAAUACGCCAGCCACCAGGGCUAGAAGGGAGAGAGGGGGACCGUGCUUGCCCAUUCCACUAACAAGACCAGAGGGGUGGGGAGUGAUAAGAGGGAGACUGCACCCCAUAGACAAAAAGGCCGCUUGCAGCUACUCGAUACAGACUGGAUAGGAAGUGGAGGAGUGGUGCUUCUGAGAGCUGCGGUGCCCAAAAGGCUGCAGAGAGCUUGCUGCGUGUCUACCUUCUGGACAAACGCUACCCUAUCUGUGUAGGUACAAAACAAGAUAGACCCAAUGGAGGGGACCACAGCAGAGAUGAUUUUGAAAGAAACAAACAAAGGAAUUUUAAAAAGAACAUACAUUAGAAGCAAUUCCUGGUGAGGUGGGGGCCCCUCCACCACAUUAACGCCCCAACCGACGGUAUCUCCAGCCCAAGCUGGGAGUUGUUAGCACGCUGAAUGGUGCAUGUGGCUGACUGGGGAGGAGCAGCCCCAGGACAUGCUUGGAGGAUGUACAGCAACCCGUCAGCCAGCCAGACCUUCCUCCUUUCGCCUGGCAAGAGUGGAUGGGAUGGCAGAACAGGGAUGGAAUGAUUGCCUGGGUGGGGCAGUUUACCUGCCUCCCCUGCCCCCAAAAAGCCAAGCACUGGCAACUCGAGAGGGGGGCCCUAACCCUACCUGCACCUCUAAGGUGGUUCCACCAGGACAGGCUCAGGCUCUGCAUCACAGAAAAGGGGGGGCACAGGGACUGUGGGUGGGAUUGUUGCAAACCCAUCAGGGAGCUCAGAUACCUUUGCAGAUGCUCCCUGCAAAUACUGUAACAGCGCAGAACACAGUCUCGUAAUACCUUUGUUUUAAGCCUUUGGCUACCACCCAGUUCAUUGCCACAGCAAGCAUUUGUGUGGGGUUGGGGGAGGGGAGAGAGACAGCAAAGAAAGGCGGAAAUCAGGUGACCAAAAAUACUAAAUUUGCAAGGAGGCAGCCACAUGGUUCUCAGCUGUACCUUAAAACCGCUCCGUACCUUCACUCCAUGUACAGGAGAGAGAGGGGCAACCCUCCCUAUGCACUGGAGGGGGGCGGUGCAGGAGGAAGGGAAAGGCCAGAGAAAGGAAACCGGCUGAAGUGGAGGUGGAUUGCUGUGGCUCCCCAUUUGCAGCUGGGCAGGUCAAGGUUAAAGAUCACAGGUGGUGACCUCUGUCUCCUCUCCCUGCAACAGUCUCGAGUAGCUUUGUUUAAAUCCUGGGCAGCAGCUUCUCAAUGAAUUCUUUCACAGCCAUCAUCUCCUG